ACCGACCCAAUAGUAAACACAAGGAUCACGAGGAAAUUCAUCAGCGUCUUCUGCCUCCCUCAUUUAUCGCUCCUUUUCAGCCUCUCUCGAGAAAAAGGGCCAAAAUGUCGAUAGCUAAUAUGGAAAAGCAUCUUUUCAACCUGAAGUUCGCCGCCAAGGAGUUGGACCGGCAGUCAAAGAAAUGCGAGAAGGAGGAGAAAGCAGAGAAGGCCAAGGUGAAGAAGGCCAUAGCCAAGGGGAACAUGGAUGGCGCUCGCAUCCAUGCCGAGAACUCCAUCCGCAACAAAAGCCAGGCCCUGAACUACCUCCGCAUGUCAGCCAGAGUCGAUGCAGUGGCCUCUAGGGUUCAGACUGCGGUCACACAGCGCAAGGUAACACAAAGCAUGGCGGGCGUGGUGAAGAACCUGGAUGCAGCCAUGAAGAGCAUGAACCUCGAGAAAAUCUCAGGUCUCAUGGACAAGUUUGAGAAGCAGUUUGAGGACCUGGAUGUGCAGAGCUCGUACAUGGACACUGCUAUGAGUGACACCGUGACCACUGCUAUACCCCAGGACGCUGUCAAUGGUCUCAUGUCACAGGCUGCGGAUGAGGCUGGACUGGAGUUGAACAUGGAGCUCCCAUCAGGCAGCAUGUCCACGAUUGGGGUGGGGGCAACACAGGCCAGCCAAGACCAGGACGAACUGACGCAGAGACUAGCCAAGCUCCGUAACUCAUAAUUUCCUCCGAGACCUUCCACGAGCAAAAAGAAAAAAAAAAAAAGGAAUUAUUUUUCUCACUAAAUUUACACAGAAGCCAGUUGACACCAUGCAUUUGGAACGAAAGUGUCAUUUGUCUCACUCGCAUCAUUUUGCGCAUGUUUUUAGGUUCUUCUGAAGGUUGUUCGCCAAAUUGUCACACCAGGCAUAGUGAAAAAAAAAACAAAAAAACUUUGCUCUGGUUCUGCAUUGGGGCCUUAAAUACCCUUCCUCUUCUCUGUAGUUUGCCAAGGUAUGACAGAAGUAAACAGGUGUGUAUAGUAAUUCAAUUUUAGGGUGCAAGAGAUUACUUUAGGGUUGUACGCUUGAUAUCGAUAGUGGAAUUCAUGUCUUGAGUGUUGAAAAGAUAAAAUGGUAUGUCAUAGCUACUCUGUCUGUUUUUUUAUUGUAUCAUUUCAUUUUCAUAUAAUUAUUUUUUCUUUCUUACUUAACGCUUAUUUUGUCUGAUGACUAAGAUGUUAAGAGUCAGACCUUUCACUCUGACACAUGUUGCAUUGAUCAUCUUUCUCAGCCAUUUGAUUAUUUGAUCAUUUUAAAACCUGAUUUUGUAGGUGACAAUAAAAAAAAUAUAUGUUAGGAUUCACCGUAAAUUCAUUAUUAUCUUCCAAGUUCACCUCUCCAUAUUUCAAAUACAUAUGUCAACAUUGGCCUGUUUGGAUGUGGAGAGGAAUGGAUAUUAAAUAUUAUAUAUAUCCUAUACAUAAAUCAAUAACUGUAAAGGCUUUACCAGAAAUUUGUUAUAAAGGUGAUUGGCCUUACAUUAUUGUCAACAUGUUAUAGGCAAUACAAUGUACUAUAUGGUAAAUAGAAUUUCAAAAAUGAAAUACUUUUUCUUUGAACUAUGGCUUGGGUUUUAAAAUGUAGGUGCUUGAAAGUCCAUGAUACAUGACUUUCUCAGAUGCAGUAACUAUUUUUUUUCUGCUUCUCUAUUUUGUUAGGUAAACAUUGAUAAAUUUAUACUAGUAGAUUAACCCCUUGUUUGCGGGUGGCAUCAACUAUGGUGCCAUGGAAUGCAACCCCACAGAUGCGGCCCAUACAGAUAUACCCAUUUGGCAGAUCGCAUGGCUGCCAGAAAAAGCCCGCGCACAUUGGGUUAACCUAUUUUGAAGAAUGAAGCACUCUGGGACUGAUUCUUAAGGCUAAAAGAUUGUUAAACCCAAUUUUGUAUUAGUAAUGGUAACACUUGACAGGUAUAAAUUGUACUUAUAAGCAGAUUAUUGGAUUCAUACUUUACUUAACUAUCAGGCAAGGAAAUGUGUUCACAGUAUUCACUUAAUAAGUUUUGAAAUUAAAUAUAUAAAGUCUAAGAGCCAUUUAUAUAUAAAUAUAUAUUAUAAUGGGAGAGGGGGAUGGAUUUUAUCAUUCUGACAACCAAAAACUUCAUAUUCAAAACUAUAUUAAGAUUUUUUUCUUCUAUUUAGUCAUAAGGAAAAGUUAUGUUUUUAACAUAUAAAUAAUAGAAAAGCUGUCUCUGAUUGCUUCACCCUUUAUGUUUAUGAUAAAAGCUAUCAUACAAGCUUGAAGUGUGAUAAAGCUCUUAGGUUACUCUUAAAUUUAUUGGAGAUUAUAGGACAUACUGAAUGAAGUCUUUCUUUGCUCUGACAUCCAGCUAUUUUAAAGAAAAAAGACAGUGUGCUUAUUGUCACAGGAGAAAACUGGCUUGUGUGUUUCCCCUAGGCCCUGUCCACACUCCAAGCUAGCUGGUGCAAGCAGGCUAAAGCAAGAAGUUUCACAGCUUUGUAAUCUAAACAUGCAUCCAUGCUGCCACCAAGUAAAUUUGGAGCAACAAGAACAGUUAACUGUAAAUUUUUUUCGCUUAGAAUUUGCAAUGCAGUAACAGUACUUUUAAUCAGUGAUAACAUACAGACAGGCCAGCUUUCAGCCAGGUUGGACGUGGUUUUAGAAUUUACAAUGUCCGUGAACAUAGAACUUUGGAUUGUUAUCGUUUAAUAAAACCGACUUCAUUACAGGUUCACAUAUAUAUAGAUAUAUUUUUUUGUUUGUUUCUGCAUUGAUUUUGUAUAUAGUAUCUAGGUGAUGUGUUUUAUAUGAUAAACUCCUGAAUUUUACUUGGCCACUCAAUUGACACUUUAUAUGAAACUAUUAAAUUAGAGAAAAUUUG